AUGAAGUUUGCUGUGGUCCUUGUUGCUGUUCUGUUUUUCACCAGCUUCUGCUCUUGCCGAGCUGCGGAAAAUGUCUCUGGAAACCAAGUAAGUUUACCCCUCAUUCUGCCUCAUUCCUUAACACCCGAUGCUUCCUACAGCUUUUUACUUCUGGUUAUUUGAUGAGCAAUUAACAUUAAAAGUGCGGUUUCUCCGCAUCCACAGUAAGACUUAAAGUAACCAGUUCAUUUCUCUACUGCGAAACAAAAGUUUGGGUUGAAAUCAAUCACCAACAGUUCUUACGAACUAAAUUCAGUGUUUUACUGAUUUUUCAAGUUUUAACAAUAUUGUUGAUUUUGUUUAAUGCGAAGUUAUUUCGCUUGCUUCCUAGAAGAUUUGUGCAACUCCAGGAAAUCCGAUCAAUAUCAACGUGGGGCAACAUGGAAACGCAGUUAACGUAACUGAGAUUUUCAUUUUACAUGUCAUUCAGGUUUUUUCCCGAAGUUGUGAUUAAAGUUCUUAAUGCUUUGCUCAUGCUCAGUUUGACCAUUGUCUUCGCGAGAUAAUAGCCGCUCCUCAUUUCCCUACAAAUUCCAAUACAAAACGAACAUACCGAUGAAUGACAAAACAAUUAUUGAGCUCUUUGUUUCACAAAAUAUAAUGAUUUGUCAGUAUUUCGCAGUUCAGUUGUUUGUCUCUGUCUUCGAAAGGCAAAUUGUUUGAGUCUGCUCUCAACAAUUGUUAAUUUUUUUAAUCAAUUUCCCCUCGCUAUUUAAAUCCGUCUAUUUUCUAUGUCGGCGUUUAUCAUCACUUGGUUUUCGUCGCGUCUUUCCUUAAUAUAGAGGCAAAAGUCGCACGCAUUUCAGCUGUAAUAAAUAUUAUUUUAAUUUAUAAACGUUUUAGUGUCAGACUGCAAUUGCUUUUUUUCAAUUCUACUUACGUGACUACAUAUACGGGUAUAUUCUAACUCCAUUGAAAUUCUUAAUCAACAUUGGCUUGGUUGAAUAAGAGGAAAACCCGUUGGAACAUGUCUGGUAUUUUUUAGGGUGAAAAGGGCGAUAAAGGCAGUAAAGGGGACGCUGGAAUGAAAGGUGCAAAAGGGGAUGCAGCAGGAAAGUCUGCACCUUGCAAUUGCAAGUUACAGGUAAGAUAUUCCUUUGAUGAUUUUACAAGGUUCGUAUACACCCUACUCGAUAAAAAAGUGAAAGCGAUGGAAUCGAACUCAAGAAGUCAGAAAAUAUAUUAUAUUUGCGAGCUUAGUAAAAUAGCUGAUAGCAAACGUAAAGCGGAAGAAGAAAUAAUAAAUACGUAUACACGAGGUGCAAAAAUGAAUCCGUGCAUGUUCGUUGUCUAUCCCCGUGAAAACUAUCAGGUAGUGAAGUGAACAAGGAAGUUCCAUUUCUCAUUUCGAAUUUCGGAGUUCCUUUGGCUUCAGGGGUUCAGUUUAUAACGAAAUUUAACCUUUUGUAGUCAGGGAAAACGCAAGGUUCUGAAGUAUUACCUGGAGAGGAGUAUCGACAUUCCUAAAGAAUAGAGAGAAUUCCGCCUCUAACUGAAUAAUUAGGUCCCCGUUCAGUGUUAGCACUUGCAUGGUAAAUGAGUCAUGAGCUUUUUAUGUUUGUUAUUUAAAGUCGGAUAUCAGAUUUAUUUAUCUUACUGUAUGCUCUUUAUCCCGUCUCUUCAAGGAUCCAAACAAACCGUCGGCUCACAUUGAGGGAGCUAACAAAGGGGAUGUCACUUACCAAGUCAACAAAGGUAUCGGUCAUAAUAGCGAUAUCUUUGUUUAUGGAAGCUACUAUUUUGAUUUGGUCACCGUCCAUAUUCUCAAGGUGAUAUAAAGUGCGUGCGGAUACUCAUCAGUUAUCGGGUUACUGGUCAAGCAAUGAAUGACAUGUUCAUAAUUUUCUGGGAACUUUUCCUAAGUUCUAUACGGCUGAGUUCUUUUAAAAUUACAUGAAUUUAAGUAGUAAUAAUAAUAAUAAACAAUUUUCCAAAGCGCAAAAUGCAUAAAUUUACUCCUGUUUGGAAUUUUAUCUUUAGUAACGCGGCUUUCCAUACAGCGUUUAUUUCUUUCAUCUUGUUACCCAUCUUCCACUUGUUUCAUUAUGAAAAUUGUAAUUUGGGCCACCGGGCGGACCCCCUGCGGCGGACCCAAACGUUAGACUUACCGGACUGUUGUUUGAUGGUUUUGCAGUAAUCAAAGACUGGACUCUAAGUGCUCCCUACAGCCAUCUCGCAGGCGGCAUGAAGUAUAAAGACGGAAAACUUACUGUACCCAUCCCUGGACGUUAUUACAUUUACCAACAGAUUUACUGGCGUGGCUACAGAGGAAAGCCUGUCAGAAUUUCUAUCCUCGUGAACAACAAAAUUAUCGCCAUGGCUCAACCACCAAUGAACUCGUUGCGAAGGGACGAGUUUACGAUUUCCACAGGCGGAGUGUUUCAUCUUAAAGCUGGUGACGUCAUUACAGUGGCCGCCACACAGUAUGCUGGGAUAGCCUACAUGCACACUCACCACAGCUUCUUUGGCGCGUUCUUGAUUUGA